UUAGUCGCCAUUAUUGUGUAUUUUUUGUGUGGUGAGAUUUCUGUGGCAUAUGUGAAAAUUUUGUGAAAAUUCCCAGCAAAAUAUCUGUUUUUUCAGCUAAAGUGGAGUUGUAACCGUGACAAUAAUGUGUGCCCCGUAUAAUUUAUGUGUUAGUAAGGAUUCACAAAGUGUGGCUGCAAAAAUAUUCCUACUUUAAUGUCGAUGAUACGAUUGGGUGCCGCUGAAGAUUAGAAUUGCAUCGAGUGCGAGGAAAACAGACCAGCCAAAUUGCCAGGGAGUGAGUGUGGUGGCACUUUUCCCAGUGGGAGUACGAGGACCAGCACCACAUUGCACAAUGGACGGCCUGAGGGCGCUGGACUUGUUGCCACUGCUCCAGGACAAGUUGGCCAUUCUGCCGGGCAGUCGGGACAAUCGUGGUGGACCCAUCAUCUGUUUCCCCAGUUCCACGAGGCGCGACAGAGCCAAGCUUGAGGAUUGGCGACGACUCCUCAGCUACUUGAUCGGAAUACCAAAUGAUGAGGCCAGAUCCAUUGGAUUCACCGUGGUGAUUGACAAUCGCGGCAGCGGAAGUUCCUCUGGAAGUCUCAAGGCUAUCUUCAAGACGCUCCAGGAGAAUUUUGUCACCGGAGUUGUACAUCAGGUGGUCAUUAUAAAAUCCGACAAUUUCUGGCAGAAGCAACGAUCGUCUAUCUCGAGUCACAAAUACAAAUUUGAAACAAUCUCAAUCUCACUUGAAUCUCUGGGGAAGAUCAUUGAUGCGUCCCAGGUGACGCCAGAUCUCGAUGGAACCUUUCAGUAUGACCACAACAGUUGGAUUGAUACACGGCUGGAACUGGAAGAAUUUCUGUGGCAGGCUAGUGAUCUCCUGGACAGAAUUGAUGAUCUUCAGGAGGAUAUAUCUCGGUGUGAAUUUGCUGAAGAUGCCAAUGGGGCAUUGCUGGAGUUGGAUCAUCACAAGGACAUGAUGAAGAAGAAGAUUACGAAGUUGCCACUGGAAGAGUUGGAUUUGCAGGGAAAACGUCUUCUGGCUAAGCUCAAUAUUGAAUGUCCGGGUGGAAGUGGCAGUGGUGGUGAAGAUUCGGCAUCACAUGCAUCAAAUUCAAACAAUACUCAUUCGCUAAAUGGAUCACAUGGCAAUCCAGAUAGGAUUGCAUCGGUGAAUCAGAUACUUCAGCAGUUGGAAGCUGUUCACAGUGCACAGCAGUAUUUGCUGACAAUGUGGCAACAGCGUAAGAAUAAAUUGGAUCAGUGCUUUCAGUUGAAGUUAUUUGAGCAGGAUUGUGAGAAGAUGUUCGAUUGGAUAUUGCACAAUAGGGAUAUCUUUCAGAUGAGUUACGUGGAAAUUGGGCACAAUUACACUGUGGCUAAGAAUCUUCAGGAUGAACAUCAGAAAUUUGCCGUAGCAUCGAUGAAUGUUUGCGUGAAUAUCAAUAGGAUUCUUGCGGUGGCGGGAAAACUCAUUGAGGGCAAUCACUAUGCAGCUCAACAUAUUCGAACGGUGGCAAGUCGCCUGGAUAGGACAUGGAAGGAUUUUGCGGCGGGAUUGGAUGAGAGAACGGCAGUCCUGGCACUCAGUGUAAUUUUUCAUCAUAAAGCCGAACAGUACUGUGAUAAUGUACCAUCUUGGGCUUCGGCCUGUGAGGCUGGACAGCAACUUCCGUUGGAUAUUCAGAGUUUGGAGAAUAUUAUCUGUACGCAUCAGAAUUUGUAUGAAUCCAUGUGUCAGGCCUACACUGAAGUUCAUUCGACCAGCAAGAAGCUCCUCUAUCAACUGGAUCACCUCGUUCAGGUCUGCAAUCAACCUCCGCCUCCGGGAGUGCCCGAACACAAAAAAUCAGAAACUGGAUCGAGCUAUGGAGCUGGGAAUCCAGCAGCUGACUACAGCGAAGGAGCUUCCCAUGUCCUAGCGGUUAUUCAUCAAAUUCUAGGGCAUCAUCGUGCCCUUGAAGCCAAAUGGCAUGCAGGAAAAGUUCGAUUGCAUCAAACUCUAGCUCUUAGGCUCUUCCAGGAAGAUGUUAAGCAAGUCCUAGACUGGCUGGAAAACCAUGGAGAAGUGUUCCUGCGCAAAAACACAGGAAUAGGAAAGAAUCUGCAAAAGGCCAGAGUUUAUCAGAAGUCUCAUGAGCAUUUUGAAAAUGUCGCUCAAAAUACCUACAGCAAUGCCGAAAAACUCCUUUCAGCCGCCGACGAACUGGCCAGAUCCGGAGAAGUUAUUCCCAAUGAGAUUUACAAUGUGACACGUGAAUUGGAGACGCACGUGGCAUCAUUUGCCAGUCGAGUGGAACAGAGGAGGAGGCGAUUGGAGUUGGCUGUGCUAUUCUAUACUCAUGACAAGGAGAUCUGCAAUUGGGUGGUUCAGCUGCGCAAUGACAUCACGGCAAGUGAUAGUUUGCUCCCGGAGGAGAAUCUCUCGUCCACGGAAAGGCUACUGCAGCAGUGUCAGGAUCAGAAGGCACAUACACUUACCAUUUGCGAUCAGACAAUUGCCCAGGGAGAGGCAUUGCUGCAGGAAUUGAGAGCCACGGAGGAACUUGAUCCAAGUGGAUCUGUCAAUGCCAUCGAAACCACCAUCGAGAAUCUCUCGAAGCAACGAAUUGAAUUAGAAGAACUCUGGUCAGCCAGGAAGAUGAGACUGGAUCUGUUCCUCCGGCUGAGACUCUUCGAGAGGGAUGCCCUUGAGAUUUCGUCUCAGCUGGAGAUUUGGGCAGAAGAACUGCAACACACGGAGCUCUCUAUGGACUAUCAGAAGGCUGAACAGUUGCUGAGGAUGCACAAUGAAUUGGUGAAUCAGAUGCAGAGUACGGUAUUUGAUAUUUUGCAGCAGGGUCAGGAGUUAUUUCAGAUCUUUGAAUCUGCUGGGUUUAUUAUAAUGGCCGAUGGGACAAAUACGGCACAGUCGCGGAUUCAGUAUUUGAUAGAGUUUUUGCAUGAUCGUGAGUUGGAUUUGGAGGAUUUGGGAGAGGUGAAGAGGGUGAAAUUGGAACAGGCUGUUCAGCUGUGUCAGUUCAAGAAUGAUGCCAAUCAGGUUAUUUCGUGGAUACGCAAUGGGGAAGCGAUGCUCGUGGCUAGUUUUACAAUUCCGAAGAAUUUGCAGGAAGCUGAACAUUUGCGGAAGGAACAUGAACAAUUUCAGAUGGCCAUUGAGAAGACCCAUACGUCGGCAGUUCAGGUAAAGUAUCGAGCUGAUGCUCUGAUAAAUGCCAAUCACUACGAUCCCAAAAGUAUCCGGGAUAUUUCGGAGGAAGUCACGAAGAAAUGGCAGAAAUUGGUGACAUUUGCCGAGGAGAGGCAUAAACUCGUGACGGCUUCGAUAAAUUUCUUCAAGACAGCUGAGCAAGUUUGUACGGUGCUGGACAGCCUGGAGAGGGAGUACAGGCGAGAUGAGGAUUGGUGCGGAAGUGGUGGAUCCAGCGAUAAAGCCCAGACAGUGGCACAUUUGAUAGCGAAGCAUCAGGAGCAGAAGGAAGCCUUUCUGAAGGCUUGCACUCUGGCCAGGAGGACAGCUGAGACGUUUCUGAAGUAUACCUCAAGAUCUCUUCAGUUCUACGACUAUCAGGGUUCAGGAACGAGUGAAUCCCGUGUCAAACAGAUCCUAGACAAAUUGCUGACGCAGGAAAAUCAAGUUCUAGAAUUUUGGACACAGCGCAAAAAGAGAUUGGAUCAGUGUCAGCAAUUUGUUCUUUUUGAACGUUCAGCUAAGCAGGCCAUUGAAUGGAUUCACAAUACCGGAGAAGCCUACUUGUCUUCCCGUACGAAUGCCAUUGGAAAGAAUCCCGAGGAGACUGAUGCUCUCCUGAAGGAGCACAAUGACUUCAAGGGAACGGCCAAGGAGACCCGGGAACGAGUUAAACUUCUUAUUCAAUUGGCAGACAGCCUCGUGGAGAAAGGACAUGCCCAUGCAGCGUCAAUUAAGCAAUGGGUAGCAGCUGUGGACAAUCGCUACAAGGAUUUCAGUGGUCGAAUGGAUGCCUAUCGGGCUCACCUGGAAAAAUCUCUAGGAAUUCCAGCUCAAGUUCAGGAAGAUCAAAAUUCACUAAGUUCGUCAAAUUCCUCAGGAAUGCCAGGAGAUCGUCACUCUGACCCUUCCCUGGAGACUAAACUCAGUGCAGCAGCUUCCCAACCCGGAGGCAAGGAACUCAAUGAGGACAAGAGGAAAUCUGCUCGCCGAAAGGAAUUCAUAAUGGCAGAAUUAAUGCAAACAGAAAGAACCUACGUCAAAGAUCUGGAGAUCUGUAUAAAGUAUUUUAUGCGAGAAAUGGAAUCCGGAAGCAAUGUUCCAGCGGGUUUGCUGGGAAAGAAGGAUGUCCUGUUUGGCAAUAUGGAGGAGAUCUGGAAGUUCCAUGAACAGAUCUUCCUCAAAGAACUCGAAAAGUACGAAACAAUGCCUGAAGACGUCGGGCAUUGUUUCGUUACGUGGGCUCUGAAAUUUGACAUGUACGUUCAUUACUGCAAGAAUAAGCCACUGUCGAAUAAUCUAAUGGUACAGCAUGGAGGCACAUACUUCGAGGAUAUCCAGAAGAAACACAAAAUAGAACAUCCUCUGGCGGCAUUUCUAAUCAAACCCGUUCAGCGCAUAACAAAGUAUCAAUUGCUGCUCAAAGAUCUCCAGUCGUGCUGCGAAGAGGGUCAGGGAGAGAUCCGGGAUGGACUUGAUGUGAUGCUGAAUGUUCCCAAGAAGGCCAAUGAUGCCAUGCACUUGUCUCUGUUGGAGCAGUGCGAUGUGAAGAUUGACAGUUUGGGAGAAGUUGUUCUGCAGGAUUCCUUCCUGGCGUGGGACAAUAAACAGAUAAUUCGCAAGGGCAGAGAACGCCAUGUCUUCCUAUUUGAGCUGUACGUGUUGCUGGCCAAGGAGACCAAGGACUCCAAUGGAGUGGUCAAGUACCAGUACAAGAUGAAGCUAAUGACUUCUGAACUCGGAGUGACUGAGCACAUUGAGGGCGAUGAGACAAAGUUUGCGGUGUGGACAGGAAGAGCUCCAAUGGUGGCGGAUUUCCGUGUUGUGCUGAAGGCUCACAAUUUGGAGACGAAACAGAUGUGGGUGAAAAAAUUGCGUGAAGUGAUUCAGGAGACGUACUUCUCAGCUGCAUCCCUGACAUUCCCAAAAUCACCGGCAAAAACAACUGCAAAGGCAACAUCUUCACAGAGAUCCUCGAGGGAUCUCGACGAAGCUCUCGCUGAGAAUGACAAUGACGGCAGCUCUCUGGCCAGUUUUGGUUCUGGGAAUACCACUGACAGCGAUAAGGUGGGAACAGUGGAGAUGACAUGGGUGAUAUCAGACUAUGUGGCCACGGCGGGAAGUGGAGAGUUAUCUGUGACAAAGGGGCAGCAAGUGGAAGUACUGGAAGUGAGUUCAACUCAGCCAGAUUUCUGUUUGGUGCGCCUCAAUGGAUCAGGGAAGAAUCCUCAGGAGGGUCUUGUACCCCUGUCCAUUCUAAAGCCACCACCGACACUCAAUAAAACCAGUCCUAGACGCAAUGUCGAUCUCGAUCAGCCAGCCACGGCUGAAGCAGCAGGAGGAGCAGUCAGUGAAAAUAAUGCUACAAGUACAGCUUCACCGGUCAAUAAACGACGUGGGCGCAAGUGGUUACCACCGCCUCUGCGGAAAUUGUCACAAGGAAAAGUGGAUAAACCGACAGAUCGGCCAUUGAUUAAGAAGGGGUCAGAUAAGCGAUUUAAAUUGCCAUCGGAUAAGGUGUCUGUGGAUGAGGAGCCAACGGCACAAUUGCCAACAUCCCCACUGCAGAUUCCACCGACGCAUGGGGAAGUGGAGGCUGAGGAGGAGCCAACACUUGAGCUUCCGCCACCCAUGAAGCCCAUCCAGGAUCCUACGGUUGUGGUCAAUGCUACAGCGCCUAAUUCAGCCACAGCUGACAGUUCCACGCUAAAGAACAUCGACGUGUGUCCACCGGCGGAUCUCACGGAAAUCGAGAGGAUCUUCAAGGAGAAAAUGCAACAGCACGAAGGGAAAUCUAAAGGAUUGGACACAUUGACAUCAAUUGAUGAAAAUUCUACAGCAGCUGGUGAGGAAGGACAUGAUGAGACAGCGGAUGAGACGACAGGAAGUGAAAAUACGGUAGAAAAUGCACUAAGGAAGAGAAAUUACGCUCUCAAGGAGUUAAUAGCGACAGAGGAGAAAUAUAUUGAAGACUUAGCUCUUAUUGUUGAAGGGUACAUUCCGGAGAUAAGAAAUCCAAAUAGUGACAUUGUAAUUCCUGAAGAUUUAAAGUGUGGCAAAGAGAGGAUGGUUUUUGGGAAUAUUGAGGCAAUUUACGAGUGGCAUAGAGACUAUUUCCUUAAGCAACUGCAUCCGUGUGUAACUCAUCCGGCUAAAUUGGGGCCUCUGAUUGAGAAAAGCAAGAUAAAACUGAGAAUGUAUAUAGUUUACUGUCAAAAUAAGCCAGUAUCUGAACAUAUCGUUGCUGAACAUCCGGGAUAUUUUGAAGAAAUCCGGUUGAAACUUAAACACAAAUUAGUGAUAAAUGACCUUCUGAUAAAGCCUGUUCAGCGAUUGAUGAAGUACGAGUUGAUUCUCAAGGAUGUCCUGAAGCAAACUGAAAAAGCAGGUCUUCAAGAAGAAUGCGCAAGUUUGCAGCAGGCCAUCAAUGUUAUGAAUGUGAUUCCCAAAGAGGCCAACGAUAUGAUGGAUGUGGGUAGAUUGCAGAAUUUUGAGGGAAAAAUAACAGCUCAGGGUAAUCUUCUGCUACAUGGUCCACUGUUGUGUAUUGAGUGCAAUAAUGGUGCAAAUUCCGAAAGGAAUUCCAGUACAACGCAAAAAGCUAAGGAACUUCAAGUGUUUCUCUUUGAUCAGAGUAUUAUAUUUUCUGAGAUAUCUGGCAAGAAGACUCAAUUUUCAAAUCCAGGAUACAUCUAUAAAAUUCACAUUCAACUCAAUAAGAUGAUUCUGAAGGAUAUCUCAAAUGCCAGCGGUGAAAAAUUCCUGAUAAAAUCCACUGAUCAUAAGCGUCAGGGAGUCGGAUAUAUUUGCAGUGCAUCAACUAGUGAGAUGCACAAAAAGUGGUAUGAUAAAAUAUCAGAAAUCAUCAGGAAUCAAAGUGAUUUUGCCAAUGCCAUUCAGCGUCCCAUUGAUUACCAGAAGGAGCAGCAGCAGAAGAAGAAUUCACAAAAAGCAACAACCCCGGACUGCUUGCAUCAUCUCUCUGGAAAGUCCCACAGUCAGCCAGUUUUUUCCCUGCAACCUACAUCCCCAUCCACGCGACUGGACAAUCGUCGGGCAUGGAAUGCUGACAAUCGCAACAGCAAUGCCCCAGAUGAGGUUAAUUUCAACACUUUAGCUGACUCUAGACUCUCCCGGGAGUUCCAGCACUCAAUGUCCCUCAAUGAAGCCACAUCUCAGGGAGUUGUUGUUCAGAUAAGUCGAAGUGGACGCACAGAGAUCGUUUCCCGGAGUCAGGAUGUUACUGUUCAGGAAGGUGUAUCGGCUAUUCUUAGCUGUCGCCUUCGCAAUCAUCAAUACACCAAGAUUACGUGGCGCAAAACUGAGCCCGAUACCUUUAUCAUUCGGCAAGAUGAGAAAUUUGACGUUUCAAUGACCCCAAAUGGAGAAGCCAGGCUGAUUGUCAAGAACACCAGGACCUCAGACAGCGGACUGUAUGUCUGUGGGGUAGAGAAUAGUCUGCACUUGUCGCAGAAUCUGCAGUGCACAAUUGGACUGACUGUUCUGGCAUCUCCGACGCCCAUUCACGAUGAUCCCAUCCUCAGUAUUGUCAACUCCACCACGGUGAAGAUCACCUGGAGUCCACCGAAUCCCUGUAUCAUCGAACACUGCCAGAUUGGGGCUGCAGAAUGGGUCACUGAGACCAAAUCACCUGUUUUGCCGAGCUACGAAGUGGGAAAUCUCAUGCCCGGAGAGACUUACUCAUUCCGCUUGGUGAAUCCAUCCACUGGACUCACGGGCGUAUCCAGUCUCUCUGUAACUCUUCCCACAAAUGAUAUGGAGCUCUGGCAGCAACAGCAUUUCUCCCAUCGCUAUACGAUUGUGUCUGAGCUGGGCAGAGGGAAGUCCUCAGUAGUUCGCUUGGCGAGAGACACAGGAACUGGCCAGUUGGUUGCAUCGAAACAAAUCUCACGCAACUUUCAAACUUUUGCUCAAACUCAGGCUGAGUACAAAGUAAUUGCAUCAAUUCAGCAUACGAAUAUCGUGAAGGGCCUCUGUCUCUACCAGAAUGCUCCUCAUCCGGGAACAGAUACCAUCGUGAUGGAAUACGUUCAUGGGCCGUAUUUGCUGUCGUACAUCUGCAAGAACAAGGAAUACACCGAAACUACUGUUCAGUUCUUCAUGAAGCAACUCCUGAAUGGGGUAUCAUGGCUCCAUGCCCACAAAAUCGUCCACCUGGACAUUAAGUCUGAGAAUAUUCUCGUGGAUGUGAGCAAUAUCUAUUCUCCGGUGCUGAAGCUCAUUGACUUUGGGAAUCACGUGAGAUACACCCUGGGAGAGAAGAUUCCGGCGAAUAAUCUGGAAUUUGUCGCUCCUGAGGUGGUCUGUGAUCGCCCAUUGAGUCCAGCCACGGAUAUGUGGAGCGUGGGAGUGUUCCUGUAUGUGUUCCUAAGUGGGGUGUCUCCCUUCCUGGAUGACUCUUCCGAAGAGACAAGUGCCAAUAUCCAAAAAUGCGACUAUUGCUUCCCCGAAGACUACUUCCGGGGCAUCUCCCCAGAGGCCAUUGUCUUCGUGCAGAAGCUCCUCUUGGUGAAUCCUGAGGAGCGUCUCAGUGCAGAUCAAUGCCUAGAAGCCCCAUGGAUUGUUCAGAAUCUUCGAGUGUCCGUGAUUACAACGUCGCGCUUGCAGAAUUUUGUGGAUCGACGGACACCCAAGGUGAAUUUUGCUGUUCCUACGAGUAAAUUCUACGUCAAUUACAAUUAGCCCAGUAAUAAUUAGGAAUAAAUUUAAUAAAAAAAACUAUAUUGAGAGUGUGGCUGAAAAGGCCGGGAAAUGUGGCAUAAGAGCGCACUUAAAAUGAACAAGAAAUAUCUCUAAUGAUAUUGUCUUUAAAAUGUUCUUGGCUGUGUCAAUAUGAUCAAUAAAUUGUAUUAUUCGAGAGAGAGGAAAAU